AUGGCUACCGCCGGAAGGGUGCUUUUCAUCGUGUCCUUAAUUUUGGCAGUUUUAAGGAUCGGAAAAACUGUGGAGGUUCCUGACAAAACGGAGUAUCCAGUGGAGGAGCUUCAAGGAAGACAGUUUCAGUCAUUCGAUUCGUACUGGUACAAUGAUGUGUAUUACUGGUGGCCAUGGUUUAGCGAUCUGGCGACGGUCGUAAUGAUAAAACUUAAGAUUGCUAUAGCAUUUGCGGCAAUGUACGCCUUUGGCGAUGGAUAUUAUUGGUCCAAGGCGAAAAGCGAGGAGCCACCCGUCGGCAGUUGGGAUGGCACGGCGUCAUGGAGUUAUGGUCAUCAUCACCAUCCUUCGUAUCUUUUUGGCAGUUGGGGUCGCAGAAAACGGGACCUCAACGCUAAGGGUCGAGAAGACAAACGUAAAUUUGUGGAAUUCGUGUUCGAUGCACUGGAAGUGUACGAUGAAGAUUGUAGGAAACGAGUUGUUUGCGAGUUAGAGUUCGAACUUCAGAGGAAUUCGAAAGCGAAAAAUUUGUUUAGGAAAUAUAAGUUUGGAAUGUUUGAAAAAUACCAGGGCGCUGCUCCGAAAAGCAGGGAAGACUGUGAGAGGAUGUACGGUAGGUGUAGGAUGCCGUUGCAGGAAGAUGAAGUACAGUUUUCGAGUAGCGGAGAGGAAGCUGCGAUAGAGGAAAUGAAGAACAAACCUGAAAAAUCAGAAAAAUCCUAG